AUGGCGGACGACGACGAUCUCUUCUACCUGCAACCGGGCUUUGAUUUUAAUAGUCUCACUGUCCCGAGAUUGCGCAACAUAUUGGUCGAGCACAGCAUUGUCUACCCGUCUGGUGCGAAGAAAGGCCAACUAAUAGAGAUAGUUGAGCAAGACUUACUUCCACAAGCCAAGAAACUCCUUCAGCGGCAAGCCAGAGUUCGUCGAACGAGCAAAGGUAUUACGGAUGUUCCCAGCAGUCAAGACAGCACCUUGGAUGACGAGGGUGAAGAUGAAAGACAACUUAUGCCUCCUCCACCAGCACCAAAGACUCCCCGCAGCAGGAAGAGCAAAUCCGACCUAACAUCCGGUUCAGUCGCAGCGGCGGCGGUACCCACACCUUCUACCUCCCGAAGAUCCAAGACACCCAGCCGCAGGAGCACCACCAGAACCCCUCGUGCGUCGGAUACAGAGCCGGAAGUGGAAAACACAGUACGCAGAUCUCGCAAGAGCGCUCCAGCACAAGCCGUCUUGCAGCCCUCAGUCAAACUUGAAGAGCCCGAUCGGCGACUGAAGCGACAAUCCCGGGAAAUGGAAACCAGCCCAUUUUCCGAUGACAACCCUUUUCAAUCAGGUUCCAGUCCACCAUCUGGGUCGAAGCGAUUGUCCUCAGUAUCCCGAAAUCGUAAGUCACUUGCGUCUGCCAGUGAAAAGAAAAGCCCGACAAAGCGGAGACAAACUACAUCCCCACCCAUCAAACAAGAAGAGUUCUCCCCACAGAGGACUGCGAUAGAAUUUCCAGUUUCCAGAUUGACUGCGAAUUCGCCUGAUGGAAUUCCGCUUACAGAAGAGUUCACCCCUGAUGCGGCUCGAGAGCUAGCAGAGCAAGAGAGGAAUGGACAGGUGGCUCCUGUCAGGACCUCCGCCCUCGUACGCCGGAAGAAGCAAACACCUCCUAGCACAGCGGCAAAGUUGGCACCAUGGACUGUCCUUACUAGUAUCCUUGCAGUGGUGGGUGGACUCUAUCGGCAGGAAAAAGUCAACAUAGGAUACUGCGGUGUUGGUCAACCCCAUUGGUCGCUAGCCGAAAAUCCGCGAAUUCCAGCUUGGGUCCACGAAAACUUUGAGCCACAGUGUGAACCAUGCCCUCAACACGCAAUCUGCAGUUCCAAUAUGGAAGUUGAAUGCGAGCAUGAUUACGUUCUCAAGCAACAUCCACUCAGUCUCAACGGUCUAGUCCCGGUACCGCCCACGUGCGAGCCUGACAGCGAAAAGGAGAGACGCAUCAAUAACGUUGCCGAGCGAGUGACCACCGUGCUUCGAGACCAUCGUGCUGCUUACGAAUGCGGCGAUAAGAUCAGUAGCUCAACAUUGACUGGCGUGACUGAUAGCACGGACACGAAAGAAGUCUCGACGCUGUCAACAUCUCAACCGUAUGUCUCUGAGGAAGAACUCAAGAGUGUGAUCUCGAAACAACGACGGAAGGCGAUGGGUGAUCAAGCCUUUGAUGACCUCUGGCAAGGAGCCAUUGGCCUCAUUAUGGGCAAAGAUGAAGUCGAGGUGACUCGUGAUGGUCUUCUGUAUGCACGAAGCAAAUUGGUCGCUCAUCAGCAGGCCACCGCUCAAAUACCAACCUUGGUGGCAACUACACUGGAUCGACUUGCCACGCAAGCGGCUUUGAAGGAAGAUGGACGCGCCUCUGAACCGUACAUUAGUGUUGGCCAGUUGAGAGACGAUGUGCUCAGGAACGUCUUCAGCGCCUCUGAGCGAGAACGGGUGUGGCAAAAUGUCAGGAAAGUGGUCGAGGGCAACUCUAACGUCAGAGCUUCAACCAGAGAAGGAGGCAAAACUGGCGAGUGGAGCCGUGUCUGGGAAUGGAUCGGUCCGGUCGACUUGGCACCGGGCCUGGAGGGAAGGCGCUCGGGCGGUCUUAUUCGAGAUUCCAGUGCAAAUGCCAGCGCCAGGGCAAGCCCUGAUAAUGCGGAGGGGAGAAGCGGCUUGGGUACAGAGUUCAGACGCUGGGAUGAAGGGCGAGCGAUUUAUUGA